AUACAAUACAAAUCUCCACUGAACCUUGCUUUUAACACUAAAAAAAGGAAAAAAGAAAAACAGAAGCUUUCAACUACUGCUGCCUUUCAAUGGCGCUUCCACUUUCCAAUGGCUGCACACGGUUAACCUUGUCCCCUCCUGCUCGAUUCAGACACCAGUCAACCAUUUUUGCAACUCUAUCCCCUUCACGGCCCGAUACUGUGAACUGGGUCGAAGCCACUUCCAGUUUUUUCGACCAAGAUACCAGACCCAUCAUGUUGUUCGAUGGAGUUUGCAACUUAUGUAAUGGUGGCGUCAGGUUUGUUCGUAAUGUUGAUCGAAACAGGAGAAUAAGGUUUGAAGCUCUUCAAAGUGAAUCAGGGAAGAAGCUAUUGAGGAGAUCUGGUAGAGCUCCUGAUGAUAUUUCUAGUGUUGUUCUUGUUGAAAAAGAUAGAUCGUAUAUUAAAUCAGAAGCAGUGUUGAAGAUCAUGGAAUACCUAGAAUUGCCUUUCCCUCAGCUUGCAUUCUUUCUACAGUUUGUACCUUUGUUCGUAAGGGACUUCAUGUACGACAAUGUCGCAAACAACCGGUAUGCGAUUUUCGGGUAUUCGGAUUCAUGUGAGAUAUGAAUCAAUACAAUGAAUAGUAAGUUACAAUGCCCUGCAUUUCUUGAUCGAUAAUGUAAAUGAUGAAACGUUCCGAAAUCUUUAAACUAUGAUUACAAUACAUAUAUUAAACAUACCGUGUUUAAA